AGAAAGGAGCCCGCCGCCAGAGAAGACGUCCAAAACCAUGUCCCUCUCCAGUUUAGCCAGCGCCCUACCGCCCAUGCCAUGGUCGCCCUCGGCCAACGACUCCCGGUCAAGGAGUUCCACCGAUACCGCUGUCGCAGCCCCUCCUCCACCCGCUUCGGCGCCCGCACCGGCUGCGGCUCCGCCGCCGGCCUCCACUGGACGGAAGUUCAACAGCCCCUUCUCUUGGCUCUCGAGGAGUUCGUCCAAAGAACCGCCUGCCGUGCAGCCCGCCCCCUCCGCGAGAAGGAAUACGGCCAGCUCGGUCGCCACGCUGGCCAGUAACCCCGAAAUGAUGCUGAGCAAGCUGGAGGAGGACAAAGAGGGGGAAGGAAGGGAGAAUGGCUCGCGAAAGAGCCUUAAAGACCGCUUCAAACAGCUCCGGCUGAUGGAAGAGGCGACCUCGCCGGGUGAAAACGAUAAGACCGGAGCCGCGCUGACCAACGGCGAGGAUGUCAGUCUUGCCGUGCAACACCCGGUUUCCCCAUUGCCUCCAACUCCAGACAAAAAUAUGGCCCCGGGAACUGCCUCGGGCGUCACCGCUGGCCCUUCGUCUUUCGUCGACCAUCCGGUGGACUGGGACCUCUGGCAAGCCGUCGUCUACGAAGGACCCGCUGCCGUCGCUCGGAGCAGCGCAGAAGAGCUAAAUAAGGCGAUCGCCACCGGUAUCCCGCAUGCCAUCCGUGGCGUAAUCUGGCAGGUCUUGGCGCAGAGCAAGGAUGAGGAGCUGGAAGCCAAGUACCGAGAACUCGUGGCCAGAGGCACGGACAAGGAGAAAAAGGACAAGGACAGGCAGAGCAGCGGGACCACAAUAAGCGCCACUAUCAACGGCAGCGCGAACGGCUCGGGCUCCUCUGCGUCCUCGGUGCAUUCCGAGAACUCGGGCUCGAACGGCUCCCCGUCGCCCGUCGACGAUUCCGCUUCGGCCCGGAAGACGCAAGCUGCCACAGCUGCAGAGCGGCUGAAGAAGGAGAAGGAGGAGUCGGCCAUGCUUGUGAAACUCGAAAAGGCGAUUAGGAGGGACCUAGGCGCCAGGACGAGCUUUUCCAAGUAUGCCGCCGCUCAGGGGCUCCAGGAGAGUCUGUUCGGCGUUUGCAAGGCAUAUGCGCUGUUCGACGAAGGGGUUGGGUAUGCGCAAGGCAUGAACUUCCUUGUCAUGCCGCUUCUCUUCAACAUGCCAGAGGAGGAGGCAUUCUGCCUGCUGGUGAAACUCAUGAAGGAGUACCGUUUGCGGGAUCUCUUCAUCCAAGACAUGCCCGGCCUCCACCUGCACCUGUACCAAUUCGAACGCCUCCUCGAGGACUUGGAGCCAGCACUUUACUGCCACCUCCGAAGGCGCGGCAUCUCGCCGCACCUCUACGCCACUCAGUGGUUUCUCACCCUCUUCGCCUACCGUUUCCCCCUCCAGCUGGUGCUCCGCAUUUACGAUCUGAUCCUCUCCGAAGGUCUCUCCGCCAUCCUCAAGUUCGGUGUCGCCCUCAUGCAAAAGAACGUCGCCGCUUUGCUCGCCAUCACCGACAUGGCGCAGCUCACCAGCUUCCUCAACAACCGCCUCUUCGACGUCUACAUCGACGCCUCCCCUUCCUCCAGCUCUAUCCUUGAGAACGGCUUCUUCGGCAGCAGCUCGAGCAGCAUUGACAAGGAGGUCUACCGCGCUGACCAAAUGGUCCGCGACGCCUGCGAGGUUAAGAUCACGCCGGAGUUGCUGAAGGUCUACGAGGACGAGUGGAGGGAGAAGACGACCGCCGAGAAGGAGCGCGAGGCCGAGCUGGAGGCGCUGCGGGCGUCCAACGCCAGCCUCACGGCCCGGGUACGCAAGCUCGAGGAGCAGCUGCAGGAGGUGGACGCGGAGCAGGCGUCGCUGGCGACGCAGUUGGUGCACACUAAGGUGGAGAACGACGAGCUACGUGACGAGAACGAGGGCCUCAAGAUCCAGGUGCAGGAGCUGCGCAUCGUCAUCGAGAAGCAGCCGGCCGAGAUAGAGGCGGCCUGGCAGCUUGAGCGCGAUGACCUGAUGAAGCGCAACGGCAAGGUGCACGAGGAGAACCAGCGGCUCGAGAAGGAGCUGGCGGAGCUUGAAGAGGAGCUGGUGCAGACCAAGAUGCAGUAUGCCGAGAUCAACUCGCAGCACGAGACUCUGACACGCAAAUGGACCGAUCUCAAGCGCCAGUUUCAAUGAGAGAAACUGAGAAUGAGUUCGGCUUGUUUGCUAUCUUGCUCACUCACGCUCUACUCGCCGAUCUCCAGGCAAAGGUAGAACGAAUCACUCCUCUCACCCGGUGCCCACACAUGCCCACCCCGCAAGAGAUAUGGCCGUGC